AUCUUGAAUACCGUCACGCUGAGGCGGCAGGAGGCAAUGAAAGGAUGGUGGCUUCCUUACUUGAUAAGCGGUGGAAUCGGCCGGGUGGCAUCAUAUUCCUCCCUCCCCUCCUUCUUCCCCUCUCUUCUCUUUCUCACACGAAUAGCCUCAUGAAAGCCUCUUAUUUAAGCCCAAUAUCAAGCAGUCUUUCAUUCUUCCGGUUACCCUAUACGGGGUGUAGUUAUCGAAUCCAUAUCUUGCUUCCCUACUCGCCUUGGAAGCCUCAAUACUAUGUGGAUGGGAAGCAGCUCAUACAAAUGGCAUAUGGCUUCUGGGAGCACAGCGAAGGAACUCCGGAUAUAACAACAGUACCAUUGUACUGGGACGUGCUGUUACCAGGUAUCCCCUCGGGAACUACUAUAUUGUUCAGAUAAGCCAUGAUAAGUUGUAUAUUAUUGUGAACCUACCCGGCCAGACAAAACAGUUACCAGUCGAUCAUUUUUGACGACAUCAAGCAUCAUUUUCACACUCACUUCCCCCACCCUAUCAUUUUUGACACUUUCUACUGAGAACUGCGUGGAUAACGGCGCCAAGAGCCUUAACGCGGUACAAGAACGACAAUAUCGCAGGCUUCACUGUGUUUAUCCACCAGAUCAGCAUAAUGUGAACCUCGUGUAUCUGCUGUGAACGGGGCUUAAUGGUCUCUUAAGGCCUUUGUCUCACUCUGAA